ACAUCUGCAAGCUCGCAGCCUCACUAACUCUUCAAAGUCCAAUCAGUCGGUGACUGAUAUGUAUUAGUACGUGAACUUCACGUAAAUCAACCCACGGAACAGUACAUCAUAAACCCUUACAGGGCUGUAAUAUUAUCUAGACUUCGGAAUCUGAUGCGCUUAUCCUCCGUGGAAAAAUUCGAUGCAUAUAAAGCCGACUAUACACAACGACCCAGUUUCACCCAGUUUCGAUGUUCUUUGGCCAUAGUACCCUUAUCACUAAUCUGUCGGUGGUUGGCCGAAAAGUCGGCGAAGAGAGCAACAGCCAUGACAAGAAUAGUACGGACGAUGAGUACGAUGUCAUCAUUGUGGGAGGAGGCAAUGCCGGUUGUGUCCUGGCCUCUCGUUUGAGUGAGGACAAUUCUGUUCGCGUUCUUCUUCUCGAGGCUGGAGGAAGCGGCAAGAGUCUUCUUUACUCCGUAGUUCCGUCCGCGUUUUCACUUCUUUUCCCAUCCAAACACACGUAUCAACUGUACACCGAACCUCAAGAGUUCGCCCAGAAUAAAAAGAAGUACUGGCCCAGAGGUAAAAUGCUGGGAGGAUGUUCUGCUAUCAACGCGGAGAUGGCUCAAUAUGGUGUACCUGGCGACUAUGACAAGUGGGCUACCAUCACUGGAGAUGAAUCUUGGGCAUGGGAUAAUUUCAAGCACUACUUCACGAAAUUCGAGACCUACACCGAGAAUAAGGACUACCCUGAUGUCAAGAUGUCUAACAAGGGCACCAAAGGACCAGUGCGGGUCGGAUACUUCCCAGCGUUGACCAAGCACGGCAAAGCAUUUAUUGAAGCAUGCAAGAGUCUGUACAUACCAUUUAGCGCAGAUUUCAACACGGGGGAGAGUCCCACCGGUGUAAACCGGCUCAUGACCUACGUCGACGAUAAACUAGAACGAGUGACGUCUGAAACCGCCUACUUAACACCCGAAGUCUUGGCUAGGCCUAAUCUCAAAGUAGCCAUUCACGCGCAAGUGACAAAGAUACUGGUCGAAACGAUCGGCGAGGAAAAACGAGCGUAUGCCGUUGAAUUUACCAACAAAAGGGACGGCCCUGUGUAUCGCGCGAGAGCCCGGAAGGAAGUCAUCUUGUCGGCCGGAGCUAUCCAUUCACCGCAGAUUCUCAUGCUAUCCGGCAUCGGUCCGUCCGAGGACCUCAAGAAAUUUGAUGUACCCGUUGUGCAUGAAUUGCAGGGCGUUGGCGCUCACCUUAUGGACCAUCCAGUGAUCGACUGUAACCUCAGAGACAAAACUAACACGUCCCCAAAAUACCUCAAGCCUUCCACUCUCUUGGAUGUAAUCAAAUUUAUCUCUGCUGCUAUUCAAUAUUUGGUCCGCAAGCGAGGACCGAUGGCGACAAAUUUAGGCGAGGCCGCCGCUUUUGUGCGAACAGACGAUACAUCGGUGUUCCCUGAUGCCUCGGAGUCUUUGGAGGAUAGUACAUCCAGCCCUAGCAGUCCAGACAUCGAGAUCUUCACAAUGGCUGUAGGGUACCAGAAUCAUGGCAUGAAAACAUUCACCAAGCAUACAUUUUCCCUUCACUCCGUAUUGCUCCAACCGCUAAGUAUUGGAAGCAUACGGUUGAAAUCACCCAGUCCGUUCGAGGAUCCAGUCAUAGAUCCACGAUAUCUCCAGUCCGAAGCGGACCUCAAGAGGUUGGUGCGCGGGUUCAAGCUUUGCCUCAAGAUCUCUCAGACGGAGCCCCUUGCCGCACUACUUGAUCAAAAUUGCGAGGAUGCCGAGUUGGAUCACCGGCAGCGUACAAAAAACGACGCUGAAAUUGAAGGGGUGAUACGAUCUCGCAUGGAGACAUUGUAUCAUCCCACGAGUACCUGCCGUAUGGCACCUUUGAAGGAAGGUGGUGUUGUGGACGUGUCGUUCUGUGUGUAUGGCAUCAAAGGACUGAGAGUGUGUGAUGCAUCGGUGUUUCCCUCCAUCAUAUCAGGUCACACUGCCGGGGCAACAUUCGCCGUGGCGGAGAAACUCUCGGACAUCAUGAAACGAAAAUUAUCUGAAACGAAAUCCCAAUGAAUCCCAUCAUGAUCAUACUAAUACAUAGUAGCGACCCCAUUGAAAUAUGAUAUUGAACCACUUGCCAACGGAAUCAUUGAGAAACCAGAAGCUAGUUCUAGAGUUUGUCAACGGAAAACAGUUUCGGGUCGAUUGCAACCAUAGAACUGCAGUCCAAACUCGACGUUUUGACUUGGCAUAGGCAUCUCUUCAAGUCAGCGAAAAUUUCAACCUUCUCGUUUGCCUGAAAAAGGGAUGGUCCGAUACUUCAGGAACGACCUAAAGAACAGGCACGUACCUGGUACUGAGUUACCCUCGCAGAAGUGCUGGGCAUCGCGAAAAACAAGGUCUCGGAGAUAGGAUCUACAUUCUUCGUGUCUUCUGCUAAGGUGGAUGCUGUCGCUCAGUGGCCGUAUACUAAUAAGUAUGAUAUAGAA